AUGUCCACCACUGAAAUCAAAUCUGUAGUUGUUGACUCUGGUGUCUCGGUGUUCUACCGCAUUGCUGGUCCAGAGAAUGCACCUGUCGUCCUCCUACUCCAUGGUUUCCCAACCUCUUCGCACCAAUACCGCAACCUCAUCCCUAUCCUGGCCCAGCAUUACCGUGUGGUUGCACCAGACUUCCCUGGUUUCGGCUUCACCCAAGUUCCCGCGGAGCGUUCUUAUCAGUACACCUUCGAUGCGUUGUCUAAAACCACGAUCGCUUUUCUAGACGCCCUUUCCAUAACCUCGUUUGCUGUCUAUAUCUUCGACUACGGUGCUCCCGUGGCUCUACGCCUGGCGCUGGAGCGUCCGAGCGCAAUCAAAGCCAUCGUUUCUCAGAAUGGAAACGCCUACGAGGAAGGCCUCGGCGAAGGUUGGGCCCCGAUUCGAGCGUAUUGGGCAUCGGGCAGUCAAGUUGACCGCAAAACCGUUCAGGAUGGCAUCCUCACCUUGGAAACUACCAAAUGGCAGUAUACGCACGGCUCCCGCUUCCCAGACGCAAUCCCGCCCGAAACUUACACCCUUGACUGGGCAUUGAUGCAGCGCCCCGGAAACUUCGACAUACAACUUGACCUCUUCUUUGACUACCAGAACAAUGUGAAACUCUAUCCUCAAUUCCAGGAGUACUUCCGCCAGAGUCGGGUGCCGCUUCUCGCUGUCUGGGGUAAACACGACCCGUUCUUUAUUCCGGCCGGCGCGGAGGCAUACAAACGCGACUUGCCCCACGCAGAGAUUAUGCUGUUGGAUGCGGGUCAUUUUGCUGGAGAAACGGAGACAACUGAAAUUGGAGAGUUGAUUCUUAAGUUUUUGAGCGAGGUCUUGUAA